AUGGAGGGUGGACUGAUCACUUCCAUUUAUUCCUUAUUUAACAUCAUUAGACAACUACGCAACAGCAGCGACAAUCCUCAUUGCAGAAGUGAAUCGCAUGACUCUCCUACGCUCUCCUCAGCCGCUGUGGUCGACGCAGUGGACGCUUCCGACUACCCUGAUGACCUAGAGAAUAUAGAAAUAGAAGAGGAAGAGGAGGCGGAUGCAAGGUUUGCGCAGCAACCUCCCAGUGCUUCCCAUGCCGUCCCUCUUUCGAUGUUAUCAUCGCAUCCUCGUACCAUUAAAGAGGUUGACGAAGCUGAAUUAGCCGACUCGUUGGCUGCUAUUUCUGGACCUGUUGGACGUCGUAGGCCCACGCCUUUUAGUCUCUCAGUCUCCUCGCCGAACGCCUACGAUCAGGCCUCUGAGAGUUUCCAUAGUCCUCCUUGUCCGGAUCCACGGAGACGCCGGGCAGCCACGGACGCCGUAUCCGUUUCGGGCAGUUGCAGCAGCGGCGGUGGUGGAGGGGGCUCCGACAGUCUCAAAACCUCCGCUGGUGGUAUCUCCGCCACGCCUCACGUCGCCCCGCCCAUCUCCGCUCCGUGGUAUCAACCCCAUAUACCUCGCGAAUUGGCUCUGGAUAUGCUCUCACGACAACCAGUGAGUUUAAGUCACCAUUUCAGUGAAACCACUAAAUUUACUCAAGUAGUAACGACCCGAGUUUGCCAUGGUCAAUGA